GUCUUACUCUUAAUCUUUGUUCUUGGCUUGUAAGCAAUAGUAGUUUAACAACUUGCGCUGGCUCCAUUUCCACUUGUAUAAAUCUUUUCAGAGAUCAAAGGUCCAUCAAUCAAAGGGUGUCCUUUUAUUUUAACAUAUUCUUCAAAAGUAUCUCAUUUUUCUUUUUUAUCCUUCAUGGCUAAGACUAGCCUAAUUUUCUACCAUCUAUGGGUUUUUUACUUCUUCAACCAUGUUUUUCUCUCACAAUCUUCCCCUGAAACUGCUCUCAUCACUCAGCUUCCUGGCUUCUCUGACUCCUUUCCUUCCAAACAUUAUUCUGGGUAUGUGACUAUUGAUGAAAGUCAUGGCAAGAAUCUAUUUUAUUAUUUCGUUGAAUCUGAAGGGAAUCCAUCAGAAGAUCCUGUGGUUCUGUGGCUCAAUGGUGGACCAGGAUGCUCCAGCUUUGAUGGCUUUGUUUAUGAGCACGGGCCUUUCAAUUUUGAAGCAGCAACGACAAAGGAAACUGUGCUCAAAUUGCAUCUUAAUCCAUACAGCUGGUCCAAGGUUUCCAGUGUUAUAUAUCUAGAUUCCCCUGCCGGUGUUGGACUUUCUUACUCAAAAAAUGAAACUGACUACAUUACUGGUGACAAAAAGACUGCCUCUGAUACGCACACAUUUCUCCUCAAGUGGUUUGAGUUAUACCCGGAGUUCCUUGACAACCCAUUUUUUAUUUCGGGAGAGUCAUAUGCUGGAGUAUACGUGCCAACGCUUGCUUAUGAAGUUGUGAAAGGAAUUGAUGCCGGUGUAAAGCCUGUUCUCAACUUCAAGGGAUAUUUGGUCGGGAACGGAGUUACCGAUCCUGAGUUUGAUGGAAACGCUCUUGUUCCAUUCGCACAUGGGAUGGGCUUGAUCUCAGAUGAGCUAUUUGAGGAGGUGCAAAAGGAGUGCAAUGGAAAUUACUAUAAUUCAGAGCGUGAGACUUGUAACAGUAAACUUGCUGAAGUUGACGAGGAUAUAGACGGACUAAACAUAUAUGACAUUCUGGAACCAUGCUAUCAUGGCACUGAGUCAUCAGAGAACAUGGCUGCUCACUUAAUGCUACCUUCCAGCUUCCGGAAGUUGGGUGAGACUAACCGGCCUCUUCCCGUGAGGAAAAGGAUGUUUGGUCGUGCCUGGCCUUUUAGAGCUCCUGUGAGAGAUGGAAUUGUUCCAACUUGGCCCCAACUCCUCAAUAGUGUCUCUGUUCCAUGCACCGAUGAUGAAAUUGCUACUUUAUGGCUCAACAGUCCAGCAGUUAGACAAGCAAUUCAUGCUGAAGAGGGAAGCCUUGUGGGUGAUUGGCAAUUAUGUUCAGACAACAUUUUUUUUAAACAUGACGCUGGGAGCAUGAUCAAAUACCACAAGAACCUCACUGCCAGGGGAUAUCGGGCCCUUAUAUUCAGUGGGGAUCAUGAUAUGUGUGUUCCAUUCACUGGCAGUGAAGCCUGGACAAGGUCUAUCGGAUACAAAGUUGUCGAUAAAUGGAGGCCUUGGACCUCUAAUGGACAAGUUGCUGGAUAUACUCAAGGAUAUGAGAAUGGCCUCACCUUUUUAACCAUAAAGGGAGCUGGACAUACUGUUCCAGAAUACAAACCGCUAGAGGCGCUGGACUUCUACAGUCGAUUCUUGGCUGGAAAACCAAUAUGAAAGAAAUGCAUGGAAUUGUGGCGUUGUGUGUAUACAUACUGCUUGAUUGGGAAAGACAACAUUGUUGUUUCCUGAGUCUUUCAGGUCAUCAGACUUUAUGGCUGAAAAUAUAUCAAUAAAUUAUAUCCAGAUAGCAAGGUUGAAUGAAUUAAAUUGGCUGCAUUUUAGAUGUA